AUGGUCGGCUUGAUUAAAGAUCGCAGUUUCCAUGUUGCCAAAAGUAUUGUCGAGGGACUAAAACAGAAGUUUCCUGAGAAGUUUCUGGAUCCGAAAAUUAAAUCACUCCUUGAAUUAGACUGGCACACAUAUCUGUGUCAAAAGAAAAGGGAGCUGCGUGGUGACGUGUGGCAGUACUCCAGCAGCCUGAUGUGCUUUCUGAACGGCCUUCUCCUGGGUAAUGAGAAGGACCUCACCCGCUGGGCCAAGAAUGAGUGGAAUUUUUCUUUCACUCGGCCACAGGCUUUCUAUAUGGCUCUCACUGAGGACAACUACAACAAACACCUUCGAAACACUGGGCAUCAGUUUGUCUUCAUGGACAUUGAGAUAGCAGGAGAGGCAGUAGGGAGGUUAUUGUUUGAGCUGUUCUCAGAUAUUUGUCCAAAGACAUCAAAGAACUUCGAGGCUCUGUGCACAGGAGAGCAAGGCGGAUCAGAAAGUGGCCUCCCACUUUGCUACAAGGGUUCCCUGUUUCAUCGUGUGGUGCCAAACGGCUGGGUGCAAGGUGGAGAUAUUAAUCCAGUGAGGAAAGGUGAUGGAGGGGAGUCAAUCUAUGGACCAACGUUUGAAGAUGAGAGCUUUUCUGUGUCCCAUACUAAACGUGGCACUCUAGGAAUGGCCAAUAAGGGCCCCCACAGCAAUGGAUCCCAGUUUUACAUCACCCUGCAGCCAACACCCUGGAUGGACAGGACCUAUGUUGCCUUUGGUCAUGUGGUUGAGGGUGUCGACGUCCUGAGGAGAUUAGAAGAAGCUGUGACCUGCAAUGAAAGACCCAAAUAUGAAUGUAAAGUUACAGACUGUGGAGUGUUUAAGUUUUAAGUCAAGUGCUUAAAUGUUUUA